GCGCUCUCACGUCCUUUUACCGUGUCAUAUAUCCUCUUCGCUCCUCUAUUAACUGCACGCGCAGCUACUUCAUAAGAGUUGCAAAAACUUUCAGAAACGUCUCCGGAAGAAGAAACUUUCACAAAUACAUAACUUUUUCUAUUCUUUGUGGACGUCUCCACCUGCGAGAAUGACGCGGAGGUCGUGCGCCAUCUACGCGGUGGGCGUCAUCUGCGCCACCCUGCUCGUUGUGGGCAUCGGCCUGAUGGCCAAGCAGGCAUUCCGCCAUCUGAUGCAUAACCGCCUCAAAAAGGAAAUUGUUUUGGUCGAGGGCAGCCGCGUUUUUGAGUCAUGGAAGAGGCCACCUCCUCCUGUGUACAUGGAGUACUUCUUCUUCAACGUCACUAAUGUAGAUGAGAUCCUCAAUGGCGGCAAGCCAGUGGUCAACCAGGUCGGUCCCUACACAUACAGGGAGUACAGAUAUAAGGACAAUGUGACCAUGGUGGACGAUGGCAAAAUGGUGUCAGGGUACAACACUAAAAGCUUCGUGUUCCUGAGGGACAAGUCUGUUGGCGACCCUGCGUUUGAUAACAUCACUACUGUCAAUAUACCCGCUUGGGCGGUGAUGAACAAAGUGAAAGGAAGCUUCUGGAAAGCCUCCAUGGUGUCCAUCUGGAUGAACUCUAUCGGGAGCGGCCUUUUCACCACUCGUACCGUGGACGAACUGCUGUGGGGCUACGAGGACCCCUUGCUGGUCCGCAUCGCUCCGAGCAAUCCGGAGGUCGAGACCACCUUUGGUCUAAUGUACAAGAAAAAUGGAAGCAACGAUGGGGAAUUUGUCUUUCACACCGGGGAGCAGAAUUAUUUGGACUAUGGCCGAGUGGAAACAUGGAAAGGCCAAAGCCAGCUGACCUUCUGGAAUUCAAACCAAAGCAACAGCAUCAACGGGUCUGACGGGAGCGCCUUCCAUCCCCUCCUGAAAAGAGACGAGCGCAUUUACAUCUUUACCCCGGACCUUUGCAGGUCCAUCUAUAUGGAGUUUGAAAAGGAUGUGGAGGUGAGAGGAAUUCCAGCAUACCGCUUCACACCACCACGCUCCGUCUUGGCCAGCAAAGAGGAGAAUCCGGCCAACGAGGGUUUCUGUGUCACUCCAAAGGAGUGCCUGGGAACGGGCCUCCUCAAAGUUAGUCCUUGUCGGAAAGGUGCUCCAGUUGUGGCAUCUUUUCCACAUUUCUACCUUGCCGAUUCCAAAUAUGCGGCAGCUAUUGAAGGAAUGUCCCCUGAGAGAACUCACCACCAAACCUUCCUUGACCUAAACCCGACCACUGGCAUAAUCGUACGUGCAAACAAGAGAGCGCAAAUCAACAUCUUACUGAAUAGGAUUUCCGGAUUCCCGAAAACCAGAAAUAUAAACGACACCAUAUUCCCUGUCAUGUUCCUGAAUGAGAGUGUGGUUAUGGACGAGACUUCGGCAGCGAGGGUGCACAAGCUGCUGACGAUCGUCUCGGUGGUGUCUAACUUCCCACUCAUUUUCGUGGCUCUUGGCGGCAUCAUGCUGGUGGUCCUGAUCGUUCUGCUGAUUCGUGAACGCAAGCAGAAGGCAAGUACUGAGGACAACACAUCUUACUCUCCCGUGAACGAAAAGGAAAAAGAAGACCCUCAAAACGGAACUUAUAUUGGUCUGUCGUCCAAGGUGGACGCGCAAGCCUGAUCAGGGUCUCAACCAUGUUUUGAAAUAGAAAAUGCCACUGCAAAUUAUCUACUUUUACUCCUCACCCAUGCUAAUGUCUGCCGGCUAAUAUUAGAUGGAACUUGUUGCUAUGAAAUACGACAUCAAGUGACUUUAAAAUGAAAGCAGACUGAAUUUGGGACAUAAAUACACACAAAAAAAAGUGACGAAAAUGGUGUAAUACUUGUAUAGCGCUUUUCUACCUCUUAAGGAAGUCAAAGUGCUUUACACUACAUUGCCAUCUACCUACUGGUGACACAGCACCAGGAGCAAUGUGGAGUUCAGUAUCUUGCUCAAGGAUACUUAGGCAAGUUCAUCAGGAUGGAGAAUCAAACCCACAACCUCUGGGUUGGGGGACAGCUAUUCCACCAUUGAGCCACGCCAUCCCCAGAAAAAGCUUAAUAAGAAAUCAGAUCCUAAUUAGAGUUCCUUUCUCAACUGCCUGGGCCCCACCCACUGAAAAAUGUCCAAACAGAAGAUGAUGUCACACCCAGAAUGAGCUGCAGAUUUCUGCACUCUGCUAGCAUGUGUAACUGUUCUGUCAUUCUGUCAACAUGUAUUAGCCAGUGCAGCACUAGAAAGCUAGACAUGAAUCAUCAAUUGUGGCAGUGGCGCAUUCUUUUUCUAUAUGCAAAAUUACAUUAGUGCAGUUAUUCUCAUUUACUUACAUGGUCAACAUUUCAUAGUACCUUUAAACCAAACAUGAUUGAAAUGGGAUUCUGAGAAAUAUUUCAGUAUUAGACUGUGGCAUCCGCUACUGGCUACCGGUUGUCCCUGGGUUACAAACAAGUUCCUACGUUUGUGACGUAACCCGAAUUUCCGCGUAAAUUGGAAUUGACCCUUUAAGUACCCCUAAAUACCCCCUAAAUCUCAAAACAACCAUCACAAAACAAUUCAAAUUCAAAUAUGCGUUUAUAACUAGCUACUGAUACAUCAAUAACAAUCCAAAAAAAAAAAAAAAAAAAAGUCAAAAUUACAUAACGUCAUACGUCGUAACCCAGGGACUACUUGUACUUUUUUUGAAAGCUCAUACAGGGAAGGAAAAUCGGCACCAUGUCAGUAUUAAAAUGCAAUGCAAACUGCAACUGCAUGUUACAAAAUGAUGUUUAUGUGCCUAAAAAGCAUCUUUUAUGUGUAGCAGUUUUUGGAGAUGCCCACAGUCGUCUCGUGAGCGCGUCAGACAAAAAGAAGAAAAAACGCUGUACAUUUUGUAAAAUAAGAAAGUCCUUCUCUUCUUGUAAAUUUUCAUGUAGAAAAUGUCCAAAUGAAGAACUUCAGGUGUAAUAGAGUGACUCAUCACUUUUAUCAAAGCCCUCUUCACAUUGCCGGGAAAAGCCAGCAUUUUUUUUACUACGCUGUACUACAUAAAUUACACUGACACAGAAUAGGCUGAAAAAGCUAAUGAAGCCCUUUACAACACAUGUAAAAAAAACAGCUUUUUCUGCCCUUUAUUUUUUGGGGGGGGGGCAGGCCGCUGUUUUUUAUAAGUGGCAGUAACCCAGAAUUGUAAGAGCCCCUAGGUGACAUGGAAGAAGGAAAAAAAACAGAGGGGGGGAAAAAAGUUUACGUUCAAUGCAAAAAAAAAAAAAAAAUUGUUUUUUUUUUUUUUUUUUUUUGCCCCGAUGUAAAAAAAACUUUUUUUUUUAAAUUUAUUUAUUUUUUGCUUGGACCUCAACUUUAAGAAAAAAUUUUUUUACUUCCGUGUCAAUUUUUUUUCCCUGGCUUUUUUUUUUUUUUUUUUUUUUUUUGCUCCGUCAGAAAACAGAAAAAUGUUUCGUGUCCCUUUCGGGGCACUUUUUUUUUUUUUUUUUUUUUUAACAUCAACUUUUAUUUUUCCUCUCUGUCUUUCUUUUCUUCUUCCAUGUCCCUUUAGGGGCUCCGUAGUCCGUACAGAGUGGGAGUGGCGUUUUUUUUUUUUUUUCCGCUUUAGUAUUCUGAUCUAAACCAGGGCAGAGCCUGCCCCUUUUACACUGUUUCUAAAAGCCAUACUUACGCACCAAAUCUGUGGUAAUACCUGCUUGUAAUUGUUCUGCAACGUGCAAAUUUGAGCCCUAACUCGUAAUGUGCCUCAACUAUUGUAUCUCACGUCAAACCAGUGUGUCAUUUACAUUUUUGAACAUUUGAACUUAAUUUGAUCUUCGUUGAACUUUAAAUGUCGCAACUGUUCAAUGUUUGAGUACUUUUUGCACAACUUUGUUUUCGAGCAAUGAACUUUGAAAUUUUCAGAGGAUGACCACUUUAAAGCCUUUCUGUGACACUUUUAGUCUCGUUUAUUAAAUUGUCUUUUGGAACACUUCAAAUUAGAGAAAUUGAAUUAUUCGCUACCGGUAAUUUUAAUAGAUUAAACUCCUGCUGUAAUUUUCCCCCUUUAGCUCCUUUUUCAAAAGUUCAAAAGUUUACAUUAAGUCAAAAUAAACAUGUGAAAAUUGUAGCAUAUUCUAGGUUCAUCGUGGAAUUUCACCCAAAAGCUUUUUGCGAUUACAUUGUUUUAUUACAUUUUUUUGAUAACACGCCAACAAAACAGAAUGCCAUAAAAGGUAUAUUGGAACUAUUAGUUUUUUCACAAAUGUACUUACUCAGAGUUCAGAUGAAUCUAAGGCAGUUUGCGCUGUGAUAUCAUUGAAAAAGGCAAAGAUAUCCAUCUUUACUGGGUCUUCUGUUCUGAUGUUCAGACUGGAGAUGGUUCAUGCAGUACUAGUGUAUUUUUUAUGUAGUUGAACUCAUACAAAUUGUUACUGUAAUGUUACCAUUCAGUGUUCUAUUUAAAAAGUGCCUCAGCCUCCAGUCCAAACACUUUUACCAGUAUAGAUUAAAUGUUUGUUUUUUGUUUUUUUUGUUUUUAAUUCAGUGCUGCAGUGGAGCCAUAGUGGUAGAGGCGCAAUCAAUUGCAGAAUUAUCCUGUCUGUAAAUACUCUUUUUAAUGAUCUGUUCUUGCAACCAAACUCAAUCAUAAAUCAAGUGUAUAGUUUUGUUUGCGUUGUCUCUUAAGGUUUUUAACAUUGUUUAGAAAAUUGCUGCUCAGAAAUUACAUUUUUGAACACUGCUGAGCCCCAUUUUUGCCAUUACUGUAUUGUCCUCAUGUUACUGUGCUAUUAUAAAUUGGGGACAGGCAAAACAAUCAAGAAGUAUUCCGUUGAACAUGUAGAAUCAUCUCUUGAAACAUAAAUUAGAGCUAAGAUUCAUUCAACUAGCUUGCUGCCCCCCCCAAAAAAACGCAGAGGAAAAUUUUUAAUUUGUUUAACUACAGCGAGGAGCAGAAGUAUUUGCACCCCUUAUGAUUUUGAGGUCUGAAAUUUCAAUCAUAGAUGCAUUUUCUCUUAGAACAAAAAAAACAACAUCUCACAUUGUAUGAUUUUUCAAUAAUUUAUUUGUAAUUUACUGGGGCUCAUAAGUAUUUGUACCACUGACAAAACAUUUGCUAAUAUUUAGUGCAGAAUCUUUUGUUUGCAAUUACAGAGCUCAGAUGCUUUCUGUAGUUCUUCACCAGGUUUUCACAUAUGAAAACAGGGAUUUUGGCCCCUUCCUCCACAUAACUCCUCUCUAGCUCUGUCAGGUUUCAGGGCUGUCGUUGAGAAACACGAAGUUUCAGCUCCAUCCAAAGAUUUUCUAUUGGAUUGAGGUCUGGAGACUAGCUAGGCCACUCCAGAACCUUGAUAUGCUUUUUACGAAGCCAAUUCUUAGUUAAUUUGGCUGUCUGCUUCGGGCCAUUGUCAUUUUGGAAGACCCAGUCACGACCCAUUUUCAAUGUUUUAACUAAGGGAAGGAGGUUAUUCACAAAAAUCUCACAAUACAUGGUCCUAGUCAUCCUUGUCUUAAUACAGUGUAGUCAUCUAGUCCCAUGUGCACCCCCAAAGCAUCCCCUUGCUUCACAGUAGAGAUUGUGUUCUUGGGAUAAUACUCAUCAUUCUUCUUCCUCCGAACACUAUGAGUGGAAUUAAGACCAAAAAGUUCCAUUUUGAUCUCAUAUGACCACAUGAGUUUCCCCCAUGACUCCUCUAGAUAAUCCAGAUAGUCAUUGGCCUGGACAUGUGCUAGUUUAACCAGGGGAACCUUCCGUGCCAUGCCUGAUUUUAAACCAUGAUGUCUUAGUGUAUUACCAACAGUAACCUUUGGAAAGGAUGGUCCCAGUUCCUUUCAGGUCAUUGACCAACUCCUCCUGUGUAGUUCAUGGCUGGUUCCUCACCAUUCUUAGGAUCAUUGAGACCCUAUGAGGUAGAUCUUUCAUGGAGCCCCAGUCUGAGAGAGAUUGACAAUCAUGUUUAGCUUCUUCCAUUUUCUAAUAAUUGCUCCAACAGUAGAUCUUAUAUCACCAAGCUGCUUGGCAAUUGCCCCGUAACCCCGUCCAGCCUUGUAGAUGUCGACAAUUCUGUCUCUGGUCUCUUUGGACAGCUCUUUGGUCUUGCCAAUGGUAGCAGUUGGAUUAUGAAUGUUGGGUGUACAGAUGACAAUAAUGAGCUCAACUGGGUGAUGGGUGGGUUGUAACUCAUAGGGUAAAGGUAGACUGAGAAGUCUUCGAGUGUCAUAAUUAUUGCUGACUCUCAGGGGUACAAAUACUUAUGAACCCCAGUAAAUUACAAAUAAAUAAUUUAAAGAAAUCAUACAAUAAGGUUGCUGAAUUAUUUUUAGAUGAGUGGAAAUGCAUCUAUGAUUGAAAUUUCAAACCUCUACCUAUUUUUUACGUGGGUGAACUUGCAAAAUCACAAGGGGUGCAAAUACUUUUGCUCCUUACUGUACAUAAGUCAUGGUAAAAACUUUUUAAUUCCUGAAAUUGUAAUUUUGAAAUUGGCCAAAAUAAUGAGUAUAAUGAACAAAAACAAUGGAAAAAAACAUUAUAUAACAAUACAUUUGUUUUUCAGGGAGGAAAAAAAAUCAAGUUAAUGUUACAUGAACGAAAUUGUGUUCUUAAAAACAACAUGAGGGAUCGCUUAUAAACCACAUCUUGGCGUAAUGGAAGAAAAAUUGAGCACACUAGUAUUUUGUUUGACAUCUAAAGUAUUAAAUAUUGUGUAAUUUCAUAAUUUUCCAGAAUGAUUUGUUUAGAAAAGUAUCUAAAUUACUAUAAAACGUUAUGAAGAAUGAGGUGCGCAACAUCUAUAUUAUUUUUAUUGUCUAAAUACUGUAAGUUGUAAAAUACAUCACAAUAUCACAAGUUGUAUUUUACAGAAAAAUACGCAAUGACAAUGACUAUCGGCAGCAUUAAACAGGCAUGGAAGAAAGUAGUUCAGAACAUUCAUGUUUAAAAUGGACAACAUUUAAUUAUGUUUGUAAUUUUCCUUAGUCGAUGAAGAAAGUUUAGUGCUCAUCCCUUGUUUUCAUGAUAACAUAUGAAGGACUGAAAUUUCAUUAUAUUAAUUUUCUGUUUUUAAUUUUUCCUGUUUGAAGUAAAUUCAUUACUUAUAGAUCUUUUGACAAUGUUGACGAUUCAUGGAGAGUGCAUCCUGUAGUCUAAAUUCACAAUCAUCUGAUGAUUCAAAUCCCCACCUUUGUUGUGUGUGUGUAAUAAUUUUUAUCUUCAAAAACCAAAAAGCAAAGCACAAAAUGGACACCUCACUGCUGAUUACAGACUGUACUUUAUGACAUUAUCGUUAUUUUUUUAACCGCAUAUGUAUCCUAAUUGUUGUUCUUUUUUGUGAGAUAUUGACUUGUUUUUACUGUGUACACGGAAUAAAAAAAUAUAGUUCUAGUGGACUGAC